UUCAAUUGUAGCUAAUAUCCAAGCAACAUGCCAAUUUUUCUAUUAUUAUUAGUGUAUAAUAUUUUCGCUGCCAAUGCUCACCCAAAUUUCGUUGUAGUUUUAACUGAUGACCAAGAUUUAAUUCUUGAUGGAUUAACACCCAUGGGAAAAACCCUGGAAUUAAUCGGUGGGAAAGGAAAAGUGUUUAACAAUGCAUUUGCCAAUUCUCCGAUUUGCUGCCCAAGUCGAAGUAGUAUUCUUACUGGAAAAUUUGUUCAUAACACUGGAGUCUUUAAUAACUCCAUUGAAGGAAAUUGUUCUAGUCCAUACUGGCAAGAGCAUCACGAACCGUAUUCUAUAGUCGCUCUUCUUAAGGAUAGUAAGAAUUACACUACAUUUUAUGCUGGUAAAUAUAUGAAUCAAUAUGGUACAAAAGAGGCUGGUGGAAUUUCGCAUGUACCAAAAGGGUAUGAUUGGUGGAUUGGAUUACAAGGGAAUUCAAAAUAUUACAAUUACACAUUGUCUGUUAAUGGUACAGAAGUCUUCCAUGAAGAUGUAUAUCUAACUGAUCUCUUGUCGAACUACAGCAUAGAUUUUCUAAGAGAUAAACCUGCAGACAAACCUUUCUUUAUGAUAGUAGCUCCACCAGCUGCCCAUGCACCUUUUACCCCUGCAGAGAGACAUAAAAAUAUGUUUCCAGAGGUAAAAGCGGUGAGAAGUCCAUCUUUCAACUUCACCUCAUCUCAGAAACACUGGCUAGUACAAAUGUCACCUUCUCAUUUACCUUCAAACGUGUCAAUCUUAGACGAAACACAUAAACAUCGGCAGCAAACUUUGCUAGCAGUCGAUGAAAUGGUAGAGAGGAUCUUUAAAGAAUUAGAGGAGUCAGAGGAGCUAGAAAAUACAUACAUUAUCUUUACUUCAGACAACGGUUUUCAUAUUGGCCAGUUUGCUCAGCCUUGGGACAAACGUCAGCCUUACGAGACAGACAUAAGGGUACCCUUUAUCAUCAGUGGGCCAGAUAUACCACUGAAAAUCACUGAAAAUUAUCCUAUUUUAUUAGUCGACAUAGCCCCUACGAUUUUGGACUUGGCAGGGACCGAAAUUCCUGAUUUCAUGGAUGGCAGAAGUUUCAAAGAAGCAUUGCUUUCGGAUGAGACAAAACUGCCCUCGAGGCAGAUAUUUUUUGAGUAUUGGGGGGAAGGUGAAAGUACAACUAUCGAUUCAAGUUGUCCCUGGAAGGACGAUGAAAAUCUGUCGUUUUGCAUUGUCGAUCAGUGGUGCAAGUGCCAAGACUCCAGGAAUAACACUUACACGUGUGUAGUUACAUUGUCCGAAUCGGACAAGUUUAAAUAUUGCAGCUUUAGAGACAAUCAGCAUUUUAGGGAAGCAUAUAACUUAACAUUAGACCCUUACGAACUUGAUAAUGUUUAUGCAGAAAUGGAUAAGGGCGUAGUAGGAGAGUAUGAUGGAUUAUUGGAAAAUUUUCAGAAUUGUCGUGGAAGUGGAUGUUGGUUGUGAAAGCGAUUUGAUUUGUAAUUAAGUUGUUUAAUUUCAGCAUUUUCUGUUUUGACAUAAUUAAAUUUUUGAAAUAUUUAAAAA